CACGGAUCCGCGCUGAAGUUUAGUGUUUCUCUGCUUGUCAAAUUGUUAAUUUAUGCCAACCGUUCUGACAAACGCUUCUUAGCAAUAAUGCUCGUCGGGUGAACCUUUGAAAGGCGGCAGUGCUCCGUUUUGACGAAGCUCGAAAAACUCCGCGGGGAAGUUCCCGAGGAAAUCCCCCAACGCCGUUCUGGUGAGCUAAAAUCUCCGACAGAAUUUACCUUCUCGGUGCAUUUCUAAAAGUCGCCCGAGCAGAGAGCACAAUCCAAACCAAAUGCUGGACUACUGAAAGACUGCUGCGACUUUUUUUUCUCUCAAAUCGACCACGUCUGGGAUGGAUAUGGCCAGCAUAAACGCGGACAGCGACGCGCUGCAGGAGAAGACGCGCAGCUACGGCGUCCUGAACACUCUGUAUCACGAGACGCAGCAGGAGAUCCAGCUGCUGCACAAGCAGAUCACUAUAAAGGACAGUAUCAUCGCAGAUUUAAAGGCCAGGCUGGGGAGAUAUGAGAGGAUCUACAUGACGGUGGGAGAUAACGAGUCCGUGCUCAUCGGUCCGUCCAACUCUUUGGUGGAAAGCUUGGUCACAGAAAUAUGCAAACUGAAACAGAAGACGAAAGAUAUGGAGUUCAAGGCAGAGAAGCAAACAGAGGAGAUCCAGAGGUUGAAUGUGCAGCUUAGGGAGAAGGAGCUGGAGCUGGAGAGAGUCAGGUGUCAGCCGGCCCACGAGAAGGACCAGGAGAUCCAGAGGCUGCGUUCGGCUCUGGAGGAGAGGGAACGGACCGAGGCCACCAGGACCGUCCUCUGCACAUCCCUGGCCGAGGAGGCGGAGGAGCUCCGCAGCCAGCUCGGUUCCACCGUGAAGGUGUGCCAGGAGCUGCUGGCCAGGCUGGAAAACAACAAGAAGGACGGAAGAGAGGUGGAGGAGAUGGUCCCGCAGCAAAAGACUAAGACAACAGAGUCCUCUGAGAUGAGUGCCGCUCAAUCCCAAAUUUAUCAGCUUCAGGAGGAGAAUCAGCAGCUCAAGCAUCGUGUGGCUUAUGUUCAGGGUCUGAAUACUCAGUGGCAGAAGUACGAUUCUAGCAGGGAGGACUACAUCCGAGGUUUGUGUCAGAGGCUGAAGGAAAGCACGGGCCAGGGAAUGAUGCCACUCAUGGGCUCCGUCAACAAGGGACUGCUCAAUCAGGAGAUCUCCAGGCUCAAUACCUUACUGGAGGAGAAAAUAAGGGAGAGUCUCAGGCUGGAAAGAGAAGCUGAGGAGAUAAGGAGGCAAGGCCAAGAGCGAAUCCAGACACUGGAGCAACAGGUUCUCAUCUACACAGAAGACUUUAAGUCAGAGCGCGCUGACAGAGAGCGUGCACAGGGUCAGAUUGAAGACCUGAAGGAGCAGAUUUCACAAUUAAAGCAGCAGCGACACAAGCAGCAAGGAUCAAGCAGAGAGAGCAGAGACGUGGUUCCCAUGUGUCGCGUGCACAUCGGACACAGGAUCUCCUCAAGGCGAAAUAAUGACACCUCAGAGCUAUUGGUGAGGACUGGUGCUGAGAGGCAACAACAACAGCAGCAGCAGCAGCAGCAGCAACAACAACAACAGCAGCAGCAACAACAGCAGCAGCAACAGCAGCCUGCAGCAUCGGCCGCUGCAGCAACGCCAAACUUGGACUGGAACGAGUGCCCGGGAUUGUCAGAGUUACAGUGCCCGCAGUGCUUUGCUAUGUUCAGAGACACGGAGGCUGCAGAGUACCUGAAGCAUUUUGUAGAGUGUCCCCGACUAUACACGGAGCAGCACUGAUUGAGAAAUGACAGGUCAGCUCUCACUGACGACUAUUGAACACUGAAGACCAGCACUACAAUGCAGAAAAUAACCUGGGUGGGAUUUCCAAUUCCGAUGAAACAACUAACUUCAGAUGUUUGUUUUGGGGUUUUUCUUUUGUAGUAAAGUGACACGAAACCCAAAGUGUCCCUUGUGCAGGAGAAAAUCAGUCUUUUGCCUUUGAAAAUCUCCAUGAACACCCAGUGUCAUAUUCUGAGGGUUCUCCUGCUGCGAUGCAGGAGGCUGUUGUGGUGGGCAGAGGGGAUGCCAGUGCAGUUUAUCAAUUAUUACGAUAUACCUCAGUGAGUCAAAUUACAAACCCUUUGCACUUUCUUGACAUUUAUUCAAAAACUAAUCGUAUGAUUAUACGGUUACGAGAUUGGAGAUGCAUAAGCUUCUUAUUUUGGAUCUAGAUGCCUAGUUGUUCAUGUGGUGCUAUUUUUUUUGUUUUUAUUGAACUUAACUAUUUCUAUAAAAUAUAUAUUCUAAAUGACAGAUUCAAAAGUAUAUAACUAUAUUGAUAUUUAUUCUUGUUGUAAAUGGAAAUGGAAAAGGUAAAUCUUUUCAGUGCAAUGUUGUGUUGCCUUUUUUCAACCAAAGCCAUAAAAUAUAUUAUUUUCUCUAUAGCUGUGGGAUCAAUAAUGUUAAGAAUACAACAGGAGGAAAGCAUUUGAGACCCUGUAUGUAAAGACUGCAUCCAAACUGACAAGUUAUAUUUGUUUUGUUUCUUUUGAAAUGAUUUUUUUUCUGUGGGUGGCACAUUAUUUUUGUAAUAAAA